UGAUAUUUGAGUCGCCGCGCCCUUGUGCAGUUUCCUGCGGUGGCGAAGUGCUAACUAUCGAUCGAAAUAGAUCGAACAUCGCUGAUUGGGAUUGUCUAGGUCAGGUUUGUGAGAUAGUUUCUGACGACUUGAAAAUUUGAUUUGCCUGCACCAUGGCACUUCAUGUCCCACGAGCACCCGGCAUCGGGCAGAUGCUGAAAGAAGGGUCCAAGCAUUUAUCCGGCUUAGACGAGGCUGUGUAUGGCAACAUUCGCGCCUGCAAGGAGUUCACCGACACUCUUAAGACGGCCUAUGGACCUCGCGGCAUGAACAAGAUGGUCAUCAAUCACAUUGAUAAACUCUUUGUGACAAGUGAUGCAGCCACAAUCAUCAGAGAAUUGGAGGUGGAACAUCCGGCGGCGAAGAUGAUGAUUCUCAGCUCGCAAAUGCAGGAGCAGGAGGUCGGGGAUGGCACCAACUUCGUUCUCAUCAUGGCUGGAUCGCUCCUGGAGUCGGCAGAAGACCUACUCAGGAUGGGCCUGACGCCGACGGAGGUGGUGGAGGGAUACGAGAUGGCGCUGAACAAGGCGCUGGAGCUGCUGCCAACGCUCACCUGCGGCGAGGUCAAGGACGUGCACAACGAGGCCGAGGUCAAGCGGGCCAUCCGGCCGGCAGUGAUGAGCAAACAGUACGGCAACGAGGACUUCAUCACCGAUCUCAUCACCAAAGCGUGCCUAUCGAUCCUGCCAGAGAAGACUGCCUUCAGCGUCGACAACGUGCGCGUCUCGAAGAUCCUGGGCGCGGGUCUGCUCAGCUCACAGGUGGUGCAGGGCAUGGUGUUCCGGCGCGAGGCCGAGGGCACCGUCACCUCCAUGGAGAAGGCCAAGGUGGCCGUCUUCACGUGUCCCGUCGACAUCGCCGCCACCGAGACCAAGGGUACCGUUCUCAUUAAGUCUGCUCAGGAACUGAAGGACUUCUCCCGCGGAGAAGAGAACCAGCUAGAAGAACAAAUUAAGGCCAUCGCCGCCACGGGAGCCAAGGUGAUCGUGGCCGGCGGCAUCGGCGACAUGGCGCUGCAUUACGUCAACAAGUACGGCCUGAUGGCGGUGCGCAUCAUGAGCAAGUUCGACCUGCGCCGGCUGUGCAAGACGGUGGGCGCGACGGCGCUGCCGCGCCUGACGGCGCCCGCCGCCGGCGAGCUGGGCUACUGCGACCGCGUCUACACGGACGAGCUGGGCGAGACGGCCGUGGUCGUGUUCCGCCAGCAGGCGGCCGAGAGCCGCAUCGCCACGGUCGUCGUCCGCGGCGCCACCGACAACAUGAUGGACGACGUCGAGCGUGCCGUCGACGACGGCGUCAACAACUUCAAGGCGCUCACCAAGGACGGCCGCUUACUGCCAGGCGGCGGCGCCUGCGAGAUGGAGCUGGCCCACCUGGUCUCCCAGUACGCCGACACGUGCCCCGGCCUCGAGCAGUACGCCAUCAAGCGAUUCGCCUCGGCGCUCGAGGUGUUCCCCAAGGUCCUGGAAGACAACUCGGGCUGAAAGUCGACCGAGCUGCUGUCUCGGAUUUAA